GGCUUUCCUUUUUUUUUUUUAUCUCUUUUGGCCCAUUUUUUUUUUCUUUUCGUGGUUCAUCUUUCUUCUCUUUAAUUUUUACUUCUUUGUUGUCAUCCAAAGAAAAUAUGGCCCGCGAAGAAGAGAGGCCAUUGCUCAACGAUAACGGUGGCAGUGACCAUGCGUCAUCGUCUUUCGAUAUAUCAACCCAUGACCUCACUCAACUUGUCGACCCAAAAAAUCCAGACCUUCUCAAAAAAUUAGGAGGAGUGCAAGCUAUCUGUAAAAAGUUGCGCGUGGACCCGAAAUCCGGUCUUUCGGCUGAUGAAGGAGCUUCUCGCUCGGACGAAUCGCCAUUCAAGGAUCGUGAACAAGCUUUUGGUCGCAAUGUAUUACCCGAAGCCAAGUCAAAGUCAUUUCUUCAGCUCUUGUGGGCGGCCUACAACGAUAAAACUCUUAUAAUGUUGACCAUUGCCUCUUUCGUUUCCUUGGCCGUCGGUAUUUGGGAGGAUUAUUCGCCUCAACAUCCGCCCGAUGAGCCACGCGUGGGCUGGGUUGAGGGCACGGCGAUUCUCGUGGCCGUCCUCGCCGUGGUUCUGACCAACGCCAUCAAUGAUUAUCAAAAGGAAGUCCAAUUUAAAAAGUUGAAUGCAAAGAAGGACGAUCGUGUCGUCAAGGUAUUGCGUGGAGGUCGUGAAAAGCAGGUUAGCGUCUACGACAUUCAAGUGGGCGAAGUGCUCAUGCUGGAACCUGGUGAUAUUAUUCCUGUCGAUGGUCUUUACCUUGAAGGACAUAACCUGGCUUGCGAUGAAUCAUCGGCUACAGGUGAAUCGGAUACCAUGAAGAAAAAGACAGAAGAUAAAGGUGAUUGCUUCAUUCUUUCCGGCUCCAAAGUAUUGGAAGGUGUUGCCCGUGCCGUUGUGAUUGCCGUUGGAGAAAAUUCCUUUUAUGGCAAGACCAUGAUGUCCAUGCGUGGAGAACAAUCCGAAGGCACACCCCUGCAAAUGAAGCUCGAUACUUUAGCCGAACAAAUUGCCAAGCUUGGUUUCGCUGCCGCCGUCACUAUGCUGAUCACCUUGAUUGUCAAGUAUUUCGUACAAGCUUCCUUGAAGGAAAACUUCCCUGCCGGUCCCGAGAUUGCCGCUGCCAUGAUCAGUAUUGUGAUUCAAGCCAUUACCAUCAUUGUCGUCGCUGUACCCGAAGGUUUGCCCAUGGCCGUUACCAUGGCUUUGGCUUUCGCUACUACGCAGAUGCUCAAGGAUAACAAUCUCGUCCGUGUUUUGGCGGCUUGUGAAACCAUGGGCAACGCUACAGCCAUUUGCUCAGACAAAACCGGUACUUUGACCCAGAAUAAGAUGACCGUGACCGAAGGUACCCUUGCUCAAGAAAAGUUCGAUAAGCCCGAAAACAGCAAAGACUGGGCCAAGAAAGUCGAUGACAAGAACGUGUUGCCUCUGAUCAUGGAAAGCAUUGCCAUCAACUCCACCGCCUUUGAAGGAAAAGACGAAAAUGGUAACAUAGACUUUAUCGGCUCCAAAACCGAAUGCGCCCUUUUGGGUUUUGCAAAGAACUUGGGUUGCAGCUACGAAGACAUCCGCUCAGACAGCAAGGUCGCCAAGGUGUAUCCGUUUGCCUCAAAGCGCAAGACCAUGACAACCAUUAUUGAGACCAAAGAAAAUUCCGCUUCUUCCGUGAAACAAGCUGAUUACCGUAUUCAUGUGAAAGGUGCUUCGGAAAUCGUGCUUGGCGUCUGCUCGCAUUACAUGGACGCCAAGGGUGAAUCCAAGAAACUCGACAAGGAAGCCAAGGUCAAGUUUGACGGUCUCAUUGGCACCUAUGCAGACAAAGCUUUACGUACCAUUGCUCUUGCCUAUCGUGACAUCAACUCUAAUGAUUACAAAUCGCUGUCCAAUGACGAACCUCCUCUUGAAAAGCUUACUCUCAUCGGUAUUGUUGGUAUCAUGGAUCCCCUUCGUCCCGGUGUCGUGGAGUCCGUGGCCGCUUUUAGACAAGCAGGUGUCUUUGUUCGUAUGAUUACAGGUGACAAUAUCAACACUGCCAAAGCUAUUGCUCGCAAUGCCGGUAUCUUGACCAAAGGUGGCGUGGCUUUGACGGGUCCUGAAUUGCGCGAAAUGUCGGUGGAAAAACAACGUGAAGUCAUUCCUCGAUUGCAAGUGCUUGCUCGUUCAUCGCCUACUGAUAAGACCGUGGUUGUUACUCGUUUGCAAGAACAAGAUCAAGUAGUCGGUAUGACAGGUGAUGGUACCAACGACGGUCCUGCUCUCAAAUUGGCCGAUGUCGGUUUCAGCAUGGGUAUUACGGGCACCGAAGUAGCCAAGGAAGCUUCCGAUAUCAUUCUCAUGGACGACAACUUCAACUCGAUUCUUAAGGCUUUGUUAUGGGGACGUGCCGUCAACGAUGGUGUUCGCAAAUUCUUGACCUUCCAACUGACUGUCAACAUUGCCGCGGUGAUCCUUUCGUUUAUCAGUGCCGUCAGCUCAGAUACUUCGGAAAGUAUUCUUAGUGCAGUGCAACUGCUUUGGGUGAACUUGAUCAUGGAUACCUUGGCUGCGUUGGCUCUCGCCACCGAACCUCCUACCGAUGAACUGCUUUCCCGCAAGCCUAUCUCCAAGUACGCUCAUUUGAUCAACUUUACCAUGGCCAAAAUGAUCCUGGGUCAAGCGAUCUUCCAAAUCAUCGUCAAUCUUUGUGCCAUCUAUCUUGGUGGCGCCGUCUUCCACCUGGGUGACAGUGAAUAUGAUCAAGCGGUGCUUCGUACCAUGGUUUUCAACAUCUUUGUCUUCCUUCAAGUGUUCAACGAAAUCAACUGCCGACGCAUCGAUGGCACGCUUAAUGUCUUCAAGAAUAUUUUUGACAACUGGAUUUUCCUUGCUGUUCAAGUGGCUGUGAUUGGUGGUCAGAUCCUCAUUGUCACUUUUGGUGGCAUCGCGUUCAAGACCGUGCCGCUUUCACCUCUGCAAUGGUUGAUCACUGUCGCUAUCGGCUCAUUAUCUAUUCCUGUGGGUAUGGUGAUCCGUUUGCUUCCCAACUUUGGUUUGGAGCGCAAAUUCAAUGAAGAAGCCCGACCCUUGGCUAGCUAUUCUCGUAUGAACUGGGAAGGCGCCAUUGGUGAUGUUCGCAACGAACUCCGUGUAUACUCUCUUUUGCGUCGUUCCCGCAACCGCAAGAUGCCCGAACGCCAAUCUUCCACUCAGACUGCUCCACAGGCUUACAGUGCACCUCGCAGCUACGGUGCGACUUCCAAUGGUCAAAGCGGCGGUAACCGCUUCGCAGCCUUGGUACAGAAUGCCAAAAACUUCCAACAAGCCGCUGAACAGAGCGAUCGUCGGCAGAAUAACCGUGAUUAACCGAAACAUUCUAUGUAUCGUAGAAAUCAAAAAUACAUUGUCUUUUUAUACUCCCUCGUUUGCUCAAAAAUACUUGCAAUCAAAUAAAAAAAAAAGUAUAGCAAAUCACUCGACAAAGUCUCACCAUGUGGUCCUUUUGCGAUAGAGCAAUCCGUCGUUUCAUGCAAAUAUACAGAAAAGGAGCAAUACAAUGGGAUUUGGUGUGGGUCGAAUGAUCUGAAUCUGAAAGCUAGACCCUGUCACUGACUUUUUU